GGACUUGCUAUUUUGCCGUUGCCUCUUCAAAGUUCGGAUAUGAUUAAAAGUCGACUGCUCUUUUGCUCAUACCCCAUUUUCUGAACAUAAUGACCGACCAAUUCUGUUUCGCGUUGUUACGGACAACAGCGUUACAGAUCUUACAAUCUGCAGGAUUUGAUUCUGCUCAUUCCGACCCGACCAACAGUUUAACUGAUAUUUUGAGCCAAUACAUUCAGCUGUUAGCCAGCACGACAUCAUCGUACGCUCAACUCGCAGGUCGAUCUACUGGCAAUAUUCGGGAUGUGGUAGACGGCCUCGACGAACUCGGAAUUACACCUGAAUCCUUGAAAGAAUGGCUUGAGUUAGAAGGCAAGGCAUUAAUGCCAAGCUGGACUCCACAGUCUGAUCCAGGUCGUACGCUGGAAGACGUCGUAAGGAAUGGUCGAAGUAACCACGAUGACGCACUAGUAUACGAAUAUAAGGAUAUACCAUCAGACAGCAACGACGACGACGACGAAAACGAAUACGACGAAGAACUGUACUUUUUAGACGGCGAAGUAGAAAAAGAGGAGGGAGCAAAAGAUGAAGCGAAGGAACUUAUACCCAAGGGUGAGAAGAAGGACAAGGGCCCGGAGGAGAACAAUGGACUGCCGGAUUAUAUACCACCAUACCUGCCGCGUUUCCCAUCGUCUGUCAAAGAAGACGCGACUCCGCCACCACGCGCGUUACCACAAGUGAUGCCGUCCAUAACUCGACAAUCCUCACCCGGAAGCCCAGCUGUACCAGCACCCAUCAUUGUCCGUCAUAGAAAGAAACCCGUUGAAAAUCCAUUCACACACGUCGUGCCGUUCGAAGAAUCUGCGUUGGCAGCAGACAAAGGAGCAACAUUGCUAUCGCUUCGCGAAAACGAAGAAAACAGCAGACAGCAACAUGAUCAACAAGAGCUGCAACAGUCACCAGCAUCAAAACGACGGCGAGUGGCAUUAAGCAGCUUACCAAUGAAGAAGGCUAUGUAUUCACUUGCGGAUAAGGAACAACAAGAAAGACGUAAACAACAGCGGGAAGCAUUGGCUGGCAACCAUGCAAUGUUCAGGAAAUUUACACAAGACGAAGCGGCACCGGGAAACACCAUGUUUGGAAACAGUGCGGGUAUUUUGGAAGAGCUGUUACGACGUGUUGCUCCACCGGCCAUGAUAUCGAAAUUGUCAUCACCGAAUUUGCUGGUGGAUGUAGCAAUGACAUCAGCGCCUGCUCCCGCUGCCAAUCCGACAAGCAACGGUACAACACCAGCGCAGCAAGAGUCAACCGCCAUACGACCGUCGUCGUCCAGUGCCCAUGGCAACAACAACAAUAACAACAACAACAGUGGUGCAGGCGCCAGCAACAUCAAUAAUACGUCCAUGUUAGCGACUUUGGCUGGUGGACAAUACAACCGUAAGCAUCCUUCUGAAGAAAUCAUCACCGCAUCAACAUCCAGACCAACUACAUCUACUCCAACCCUUCCAUCCUCUUCAUCAGCAUCAUCAUUAGCAGCAACAGCAGCCGUCGCCCUGCCAACAAGCGCAACGACUACAACUACACCAGCAGCUGCUGUCAGUAAACCGACAUCCACAACUUCACCUACUCAACGACCCAUAUCGCUUGCGUCGCUCUCUUCCGGAGGUGGCGCUGAUGGCGGUAAACCAACCGGAAAAUCAAAGUCGGGCGAAAAGAAGUCAAGUGAAAGGAAUUCAGGCGAAAGAAAAUCGGGUGAAAGAAAGACGACCGAGAAAGGGUCAGAAAAGAAAAAGGUGCCCAAGCUGACGCUAAAUCUGUCAAACGGAAACAACGGAGGGGCAGGGGCAGGAGGAAGUGGUGGUUUGGAUGGCACAGCGCCUUCAACCGCAGAAAAUACGCCCUCUUCAGCCAGUUCGGUGAAUACGCCCAAAAUCCGCUUUAAGAUCAAACGGCCAGAACCUGCAAAUGAAAAAAUUGACAUCACUUCUACAGACGAUUUGCCACCACCACCAUCAUCUACACCACCCGCUCCGCCAGCGCCAGCACCUGCACCAGCACCAAUACCACCAGUGGUGCAUACCAACGGAGAAGAAGUGCAGGAUGAAGUUGUGCGAUGCAUAUGCGACCAUCCAACGAUCGACUACGGCACAUUUAUGAUAUCAUGCGACAAAUGUCACGUAUGGUACCACGGUGAAUGUGUUGGUAUAGCAGAAAGCGACAAGGUCGAAACUUGGUAUUGCAGGAAUUGCAAGUGAUGGAGCUGACGAAUAAUUAUAUAACCAACAGUAAUACAAAACAGAUAAUAAUAAUAAUAAAAAAGUGCUGUCUGUCUGCAGCCAUGUUUGAUCCACCUUGUAAGAUAAUUUACAAGAUCCUAUCGUAUAUGCUACUUUGUAGCCAACUCUUCUAAAAGUUCCAUACGCUCAGUUAUCAGAGCUCAAAGAGGAUCACAACAUGCAAUCUCACUAGCACUUAU